AUGGCUGAAUACAAUGGCCGCCGGGCCCCGAACUUUUCGCAGUAUCUCGAUGACCUGAAUGCUAUCCCAUCGGCCUACGAUCUUGCUAUGCAGCAGCAGCAAGAAGCAUUCAACCUCGACAACGAGCUGUCCCUAUUCACCAACACCGAGUUCUUCGACUUUGACAAACUCGGCGACCUGAACAUCCCGCAGUUCGACCAUGUGGAGGAGAACAAGCAGAGUGCCAACCAGAGCCCUGACAUGGAGUUUCUAGACAUGCUCGGUGACGGGUUUGGCAAUGUCAACGAGUUUGCUGCUCCCCAGAUGAACCAGGUGCACCACUCGAUGCCCGUGCAGAAUGCUCGAUUCCACGCGGUGCCUCAGCCCCAGGCGCAGGCUCCCAAUGCCGUGCCUCGCAUGCCCGUGAAUCAUUCCUCUCCCACAUCGCCGACAACGAGCUCUCCUUCGCAGCCCUCCGUCACCGCUCCCAGCCCUAGCACGGCCACCUCGCCCGCGACCACCGCCCCCGCACCCAAGCGCAAGAACACACAAAAGGCACCAGUCCUGAGCGUGGAGGAGGUUGCCCGCGUCGCCGCUGAGGAAGACAAGCGCCGCCGCAACACGGCCGCCAGCGCGCGCUUCCGAGUCAAGAAGAAGAUGCGCGAGCAAGCCCUCGAAAAGACCGUCAAGGAGACCACGGAAAAGAACGCCGCCCUCGAAGCCCGCGUGACCGCCCUCGAGCUCGAAAACCAAUGGCUCAAGAACCUCAUCACCGAGAAGAACGGCAAGUCCGCCGAGGAAGGGAAGAAGGCCGAAAACGACAUUACAGACAUGUUCAAGAAGUUCCUCGCCGCACAGAAGACCGAGGGCGAGCGGAGUAGCGCUGGGUCCAAGAUCGGUGUUGGGACUUACUGA